UAUAGCUCACGGUUACCGAUCGCACACGCACUCACUCGCUGACACACACACACGCACACACGCUCACUCUGCGCUUGCACACGGAGACGUGAGGACGCACAGCAUCCCGUGGUUCGAGCGCGCGCACCGGGAGAGAAGCAGCAUCCCUGCACCGACUCGGAUCGUCGGUUCGCUCCUGAAGAUGGUCUAGAACUCUUUUGUGUCCCUUCAUCCUGCGUGAAGAGCGCGAAACAAGAGCCACGAUGCUGACGAGGCUGUUCAACGACCCUUCGCUGCUUCCGGACGUGCAGAAGUACGCGGCCUGGGCGGACGACAGCGACGGAGACGACUCCAAACUCAAGGACGACGACCAGGACGCGCAGGACGACAUGGAGGCCUCGGACAUGAGAGGAGACAGCCGGACUCAGUCCGAGCACGCCGGGGAAGACGACGACGACGAUGACGUGGACGAGGAGGAUGACGGCGAGGACCAAGACGGGGGCAGGCCCAAGAAAAGGGGUCCUAAAAAGCGCAAAAUGACGCAGGCCCGGAUCGAGCGCUCCAAGAUGCGCAGGAUAAAGGCCAACGCCCGGGAGCGGACCCGCAUGCACGACCUCAACUCUGCGCUCGACAAUCUCCGCAAGGUCGUUCCGUGCUACUCUAAAACGCAAAAACUAUCCAAAAUCGAGACGCUGCGUUUGGCUAAGAACUACAUCUGGGCGCUGUCGGAGAUCCUGCGCUCCGGGAAAAGGCCAGACCUGGUGUCGUACGUCCAGACCUUGUGCAAAGGUCUCUCCCAGCCAACUACCAACCUGGUGGCGGGAUGCCUGCAGCUCAACUCCAGAAACUUCCUGACAGAGCAGCAGUGUCAGGAUGGAAAUCGAUAUGGUUCCGGAUCCUUCUCCGUGCACUCGUACCCGUACCAGUGCGCGCGCCUGUCCAGUCCUCACUGCCGCCAGGGAACGAACUCUCACCCGCUGAGCGCGCACGGUUUUUGCUCGGCCUACGACUCUCUCUACGGAGGAAGCGGGUCCCCGGAGUAUAACAGCCCGGAGUACGAGGGGCCCAUGAGCCCACCCCUCUGCAUCAAUGGCAAUUUUUCCCUCAAGCAUCAAGGCUCCGCCUCGCCAGAACCGGAGAAGGGCUACCACUACUCUAUGCAUUACUCCAGCCUGCCCGGCUCCAGACCCAGCGGGGCCCACAACCUAGUGUUUGGCUCCUCAGGGGCCCGCGGCGGAGCACACUCGGAAAACAUCCUGCCUUAUCACGACAUGCACUUACAUCACGAGCGCGCGCCCGUUUACGACGAACUCAAUGCGUUUUUCCACAACUAAAGCGCGAGCCAGCAAUGGUGGAAGAUAGAUGUUUGUCAACUGUGUUUCAUUUAUUUUCUCUUAUUUAUUGAUCGGGGGAAGGUGCCGCCUGCCCCCCUCCGGAGAGGGAGAUUUUCAAGUGGUUCAUGUUCUGUGGUUGUUUGUAUUUUGCUGCCUAAAAUGAAACGUAUCCACAGUCAUUUCUCUCCCUACCGUCCCCCCUAAUAUCAGACAGGAAUCACUGAGGAAGGAAAUUGAAAUCGCAUUUUUGGACAAAAGGGAAUUCAAUGUGGGAGAAUCUGUUCUCCAGUGUGUUAAGUCAAUCGUGUCGCAUCUAUGCAAAACCAGAGAAGACCACAGAGCGAGGCAACAAGUCACACACACAGACGCAGCAUCACGCUCACCAUCACAGACCGUUAGACAAACACAGACGCUUGGCAAUCCAUCCCCUGCUAGUCAGACUGUCCAUUGAACAACAACACAAACGGAAACAGACAAAUAAGUCACUUUACACGUCUAUUUAACAUCGCAUUUGCCACCGUUGUUACAUCGUGAUUUUUGUUAUUGUCCAUUCGGAUUUUUUUUCUAAACACCAAGGUGGCAAAGUACUUAGCUAAAACAGAAUACUGCUUAUUUGUUGCUGUUUCACAUUCCUAAAAUUGAGAAUGUUUCAUCAGUGUGACAAUAAAGUUCAGCACAGUCACAUCUUAUUUAUUUAUUUCAAUCAUAAAAACGGAUUGAAGAAGACUAGAAAUUAUUUGGUUGGCUUCAACAAUAAAAAUUUCAUGUUCCAGACAUAUGUAAGUUAAUGGAUGAUUUCAUUAUUAUUAUUAUUAUUAUUAUUAUUAUUAUUAUUAUUAUUAUUAUUAUUGCACGGAUUUGUUGUGUUUUAUUUCUGUAACUGCUGUAAUAGUGGAAAACAAAGAGGGGAUCCCAUGAAGCAAAUUUCCUUUUUCAUAAAACAGUAUCUUUGUAUUCAACCAGUUGUGUGGUCAAAUCUAACUGACAAUAAAUACAAUUACAUCUGCCUUGCAUUUCCAAA